AUGUUCGACGACAUUGUGCCCGAACACGAACCUCAAAUACACCCCCGGAAUCCCUACCCUAUUGCCCGACCAGGUCCGAUACCAGACUUCAGGUUAGAUGGGUUGUUUGUGGAAGAGCCAGUGAAGGUCUCGUUGGUUGCAAGGAGUGAGGCCAGCGACACGUCGAGCUCGAGCUCAUCCAAGUCAAACGGAGGUGGAGGUGGAGGAUCCAGCGACACGUUACCAAUCCUUUUGGGAGUGCUCGUACCGCUAGGCAUUGCGGUAGUAGUUUUGGUAUACCUGCACCGUCGGCAUUUGAGGAAGCUCCGGGAGGAAGAUGCAGAGGACAAGCACAAGUCCUUGGAUUUCGGUCUCAACAUCUCGUCAGAGAAAUCUGGCGGCGGUGGCCCCCAGAUGUCCGAACACCCAGGGUCUGGAAGGAGAGCUCGGGGAUUGUCGAUCGAUCUAGGGAUGCAUAACCCGUACCUUUUGCCGCCAGAAUUGCACCAGUCUCGGGAAUCCUUCCACUCACUUUCUCGAUUAAACACUGGUGACGACAAGUAUCGAGCAACUACUUUCAUUCCAGAUGAUGGUUCGAUCCGGCCUCCAUCAAGCCACAGGAGUCCCGUCGAUGAUUCCUCAAGUUAUACCGGAUCCAUGAGGAACCCUUUUGAUUCCAAGCAAAACCUGUUGUAUAAUGGGCAGGAAAAUCCAAGGGGGGAACGCAGUGGCUCUGUGGACAUGAUGCCUCCCACGUCAAGAACUGGGCCCACGAACCUCCUUGCACCGAAUACGGGAAAUGCUGGAAGAGAAUCCUACUUAAGCACAACGAGUAGCAAUGGCGCCCUGACAGCGUUGAGGGCUAGUAACAAUUAUCUGGGACAGUUCAUCGCCGGGGGUAAAAGCAUACAGCCAGAAGAUUCGAGCAAAAAAGAGCCCGCGGUCACAGUCGCUGAGAUUCGAGUUGACCCUCCUGCAGAGGAAAUCCAACCUCCCCCGCCGGCUGUCGUGAAGGAGCCUCAAUAUCAUGAGCCAUCUGCUGCGAAGGCCCCAUACCCAUCACACCAGCCAAGAGCCUCGGACGCACCUGGUAUCGCUGUCAGCCAGCCAGAAGAACGCCAGCCACGACUUCCUCAGCUCAGUUUCAUUGACUCUCAAGGAGUCAAGCAGAACACUGUCGAGCUUCCGGCGGACACGCACGUGAAAGCUCCAGCCACCAACGACGCUCCUGAACAUACUACCGCGCCUUCAGCAGAUACCGUCCCUAAUACUCCUCAAACGCCCUCCAGUCAGUACCAGCAAGACUCAUAUGUUGAUGAUUAUUAUAAUGACUACGAAGCACAUGGAGCCGAAGAUUACCAGGACUACCUAGAUUACGAGCAAUAUACUGGUUACGACCAGAGGAGGUCGAUGAUGGGCAUGCGACCUCUUCCCCCCGAGGAUCCUUCCGACAAUCCUGAACAGCGAGCCAACCGCAUCCGGUCUUUCUAUAAGGAGUACUUUGACGAGUCCAAGCCACAUCCACCUGGACAGCAUCAAGAUCCAGCCGAAGCUGGAUUUGAUAACUAUCAUGAUGGCUACUACGACGAUGGCUCUUUUGAACCUCCCCGCCAACCGUAUGGGCGUCACCGUGCAAUGUCGAAUGGAAGCUACCUUACGGCACCGCGAGCAUUCUCAUCUGCAUCAGGACGGCUCGGGCCUCCUCCUUCCAUGCGACCCAAGAAGAGAUUGCCUCCACCCAAGGCACUCAAUAUUUUGCCUACUCCUCAUCUACUCGACAACGACAAUUUCUUGCCAGCGGAUUUUGCACCACCCAAGAAGUUCCAAAAUCAAAGAGCUGGUACCCCUGAUAGUCUUCGGGGUGGGGUUCGGCAGUACCAGAUGCCGCUGAAAGCCCACGUACCGCUGGCGUCGUCGUUCGAUGACCUGGCGGUGAUUCCAAGCCCUCACGCAUUGAGAAGGUCUGGCACGUUCACGGCCUUGGACUUUGCUCCACCAGGUCGACUGCGGGCAGCAGAUUCUGCAAUGAGCGAGACUGGCAGCAUCCGAAGCAAUCGGUCUGGCAUUUCUGCCAUGCACAACCACAGCAUCCGCACAGGAGCUUACCGUGUUAGCCGCAUCCCCAAGGAGGUGGCCGGCACCAAGAACGAGUUGUAUGCAGCUUUGAGACCACAGUGGAACCUCAACCGAUAA